AUGGUGUCUGGCUUCAACCUGCUGCUGCGUGAGAUCUUCGAGUUCUGUGCUUGGAUGGAGAAGCAUAACUCGGCCAUCACACGUGUUUAUGUCUCCAUCUUCAGGAACCUGCUGCUGAAGAUCAGCAUUGUUGGCAUACUGUGUUACCACUGGCUUGGAAAAAUUGCUGUGGAACAAGACCCUCAAGUUUCAAAGUGCUGGGAGAAUUUUGUGGGGCAGGAACUUUAUCGCCUGCUCCUGAUGGACUUCAUCUUUACAGUGCUUUACACUUUUCUAGGCGAGUUUGUAUGGAGGAUUUUCUCCAAAAAAAUAUUAAGAAAGAACAGAAAGCCAGUGUUUGACAUUGCUCGAAAUGUUCUGGAACUCGUAUAUGGACAAAUGCUGACUUGGCUUGGGGUGUUGUUUGCUCCUCUCCUCCCCGCUGUCCAAAUUGCAAAACUGUUUGUGCUGUUUUACAUGAAGAAGAACAGCCUGAUGCUCAACUGUGAGGCAUCUAAAAAGCCCUGGAGGGCAACUCACAUGACAACAGCAUUCAUUACUCUCUUGUUCUUCCCCUCAUUUCUUGGUGCUGCUGUUUUUGUUGCAUAUACAGUUUGGAUAAUCAAACCAUCAUCAGGAUGUGGCCCUUUCAGGAACCUAACCAGUAUGUUGGAAUCCGUGAAGCUGUGGGCUGAGAGGAUGAAGGACCAUCACCAAAUUCUUUCUUGGCUCAUUCGAGCUUACAAUGCUUUCACAGAUAACCCGAUCUUGUUCAUGCCCUCUGGCCUAUUUCUACUGUUGAUAUAUUUCCGUAUUCAGGUAGUAGAUGGCCAAAGGAGAAUCAUCAGACGGUUAGAAAAGCAAAUUGAUGAUGUAAGUGAAACCCUACUUUGGUCUAGACUAGAGUAAGUAAAACCUGACCAGCGUGUUGGAGUCUGAGAAAAACAAAAGAAAGAAAACAAUAUAUUUUCCUUUCACUUCACCAUUAUGAGCUAUUUUGUGUUGAUCCAUCUCAUAAAUCUCAGCAAAGGGAUUUGUUGGAAGCAAAUUGACAAUGUAAGUUAAGCCUUGCUUUUAAUCUAGUUUCAGCCUAGAUUAAAAGACUGAAACUAUUUUUUGAAAAUAUUAGUCUUGGAUUUUAACAUUGAAUUCCUAGGUGUAUUUUAGCCCAACAUUUGGAGACUUUAGUUUGUGAAAAAUGCAAGACACCAGUAAAAUGUGAGUUGACCUAAAUAUUGUUUUCUCUGUAUUCAGGAAGGUAAAGACAAAAAAUUCCUCAUCACCCAACUGCAGUAUUGGUAUGAGGAAAAUAAUCCAAAUUCUAGUAAGAGACAAAGGUGAACUGGGUUCACUUCCUUCUCGGAAACCUUUCUGGUAAUUGCAGCACCCAUCAUUACUAAAGAAAUGGCAAAUUGCACUAAAGUGUAUGAAUAGUGUUAUCAGCACUGAGAUGUCUAGACACUGAGAACUUCCCUCAUAAAUGCCAUAGAAAAAACCCCCAGGAAAAGCAGCAACACGCUUUGUGAAGUUUUGAUAUACUUUGUGAUAUUUGAUUAAUUUACAACAGGUUGAACUCUUCUGCAUCCAUUGACUAUUCUAAAUAAAAUACUUUGUAUACUAUGUAAUUUUAGAUUCACUUUAAAGUUUUUGUUUGUGAAAUGCAAAAAUAAAAUUUUACCGCAUAUUAUAAUUCUC